AUGUUUGAGGCACUACGCACUACGCUGUACAGCGACGGCAUCCGUGAUGUGGGCAACCAACACUACACUCUUUUUGCCCAGCCUGUACAGUACACUGGAUUUUGCGUACUACAUAUCCCUACCGUCCUACUGAGACAAAGAGACAACAGACACUCACACAAUGGCCUCUGGGAGUCUCCCGUGUCAGGGAAGCAAAAAGGCAAAAAGGCAGGCAAAAAGGCAGCCAAGGCAGAAACGCGUACACGGGCACACGGGCAACGCAUGAAGGGCGGUCACCAAAAAAAGAUCAAGGGGCCAAGGUAG